AUGGCUGGAAUCGGGAAGACUACCCUCGCUCAGCUAGUAUUCUGGCAUCCAUGGGUUGUUGAUACCUUUGGUGAUGAUCGGAUUUGGGUUUCGGUACCUCGUGAGUUUAACACCAUGGUGAUAUUGAGUAGAAUAGCACAAGUUCUAACCACCCAGCAGUGUAGCACAAGUGAUUCGCCAGAAGAAGAAAUGAUAGAGCAGGAGGACUCCGUGAAACUGAAGUACCUUGUCAAAGAGAAACUCAGUGGGCAGAGAUUUUUCAUUGUACUGGAUGAUGCGUGGGAUCAGGAUCGGAAGAAAUGGCAGGAGCUGAUGGAAGUCCUUGAUAGUGCUGGAAAGCCCGGAAGCAAGAUGAUUGUCACUAGUCGCAUCCCUGAUGUUGUAACAUUGACCAAGUCCCUCAAACCAUACACCUUACAGUGUCUCUUGCCAGCUCAUUCUUCAAGUCUGCUCACACAAUGGAUGCAAAAUCCUGCAGAGUUGCCACCACGGCUCAUUCCAAUCAGAAAAAUGAUUGCUGAAACAUGUGCUGGCGUGCCCUCGUUACUACUCAGCGCAUCAAACAAGCUGAAGAGCAUACGGAAAACUCAGGUCGCUUGGCAGCAUGUCCUGAGCAGAUUUGAUCUCGUCUUCUAUGCAGACCGUCUUUUGUUGGAUGCGGCUUAUGUCAGCUACCAACAUCUCCCUCCAAGCAUCCAGCAAUGCUUUCUUUACUGCUCACUGCUCCUAGUUCAUAGCUUUACACCUGAACAACUGACUGACAUGUUUGUUGCUGAUGAGCUCAUAAAACUGAUAAGCAGCAAAUCUGACAUGCAUCUCUACUUCUCCAAGAUAAUGACAGAACACUUCUAUGGUGUAGUCCAGAAAUCUCGACACAGAGGAAACACUGUUUACAAGAUGCAUCCUGGGAUGCAACUUCUUGCACAAAGGAUUAGUCGGGGAUUCCACUUAGCAAUAGAUGCUAGAAAGGAAAUAAUUUGGCCUUCAUGUGAUGCCAGGUGCCUCUCCUUACUUGUUGAUUGUGAAACAAGUAAGCUUCCACCAGAAUUGUUUGAAUUGGAAAGUUUGAGGACCCUAAUAUUGCUCAGAGAUGAAAAUAUGCUUUUGUCUGAGAACAAGAUCAAAAGGAUUCCUAGGUUAAUUGAUAUGUUACAGAAUCUAACCUAUAUCAAUCUUUCUCACAAUGAUAUUGAGAUUGUACCAGAUUCAGUUAGCAACCUUCGAUUCUUGACCCACUUGAAUCUUUCACAAAAUGAGAUCAUUGAACUGCCAGAAUCAGUUGGAAAGAUGCAAUCCUUGCAGAUGCUGGACCUGUCUCACUGUGAAAAACUUCUUGGCUUGCAUGAAGCAAUAAGCAACCUUAGGAUCACUCCAAGGUUUGUCUCGGAAUUUAAGGUCUCUGUCAAUUUCCCUGUGUGA